AUGGGGCAGUUUAGAGACUGGUUGCGCUCUCUUUUCAGAAAAAAAGACCCGAUUCCCAGUCGUGUUUUAUUCGUGAAUGACCCGGAGGGGAACGACGAGUCCGGGUUCAGCAGCAACCGCAUCUACACCACCAAGUACAAGUGGUACAGCUUCCUUCCUCGCGGCCUUUUCGAGCAAUUCCGUCGCGUCGCCAACCUCUACUUCCUUUUCCACGCGUGCGUCUCGCUCACGCCGCUCUCCUCCAUCAGCCCCAUGGCGACGGUUCCGCCGCUCGUGUUCGUUGUCGGGCUCGCUAUGGCUAAGGAGCUAUGGGAGGAUAUUAAGCGCGGGCGCUCCGAUUACGAGACGAAUAAGCGGAAAGCAACGGUCAUACGGCCGGACGGCACGGAAGCGACGCGGCGGUGGCGCGAUCUGCGCGUGGGGGAGCUGAUCCGCGUGCCGCACGACGCCUUCCUCCCCGCCGACAUCAUCUGCGUCGCGACGAGCGGCGACGGCGGCGCGUGCUACGUGGAAACAAUGAAUCUGGACGGCGAGACGAACCUUAAGAUGCGCAGCGCGGUCUUCGAGACGCACGCGAUGAGCGCGGCGGAACUCGCGCGCGUGCGGGGGCGCGUCGAGUGCGAGCAUCCGAACGCGUCCAUCUACACGUUCGCCGGGAAAAUGCUGCUUAGAACGAGUACCGAGGGUGCUAUUAGUGGGAGGAGUGAUUCUAGCGCGGACAUCGAGUCUUCCGAAGGCAGCCAGUCUGGUGACGCGGCGCCGAUUUUCAUCACUCCGGCGAAUAUUCUCCUGCGCGGCUCGCGGCUGCGCAACACCAAGUGGGCGGUGGGGAUUGUCGUUUACACCGGCCGCGAGACCAAGAUCAUGAUGAACUCCACCGACCCGCCGUCCAAGCGAAGCUUCGUGGAAAAGCGGCUGGAUUUCGUGAUUAUGUUCGAGCUAGUGGUCCUGGUGGGGCUCGCGACGCUCUCUGCCGUGAUGUACGCCGUGAAUCUCGGCAAGUACAUGCCGCAGCAAUGGUACCUGCGACCCGGCGAUUACACCGGCGCGACGGGCGUGGGCAAGGCGAUGUAUAACUGGGAGCAGCCCGCUUUAGCGGGGCUCACGCAGUUUUUCACGGCGCUCGUGCUAUACGGGUAUUUCGUUCCUAUAUCGCUUUAUGUGACUAUGGAGUUGGUGAAGUUAGUGCAGGCUGCGACGAUCGCGCUCGACCUGCAUAUGUAUUAUGAGGAGAAGGAUAUCCCCACUACAGCGCGCACCUCUAACCUUAACGAGGAGCUCGGUAUGGUGCACACCGUUUUGUCGGAUAAAACGGGCACGUUAACUCGCAACCAGAUGGAUUUCUUCAAGUGCUCUAUAGCGGGGAUAGCGUACGGCACGGGAGUGACGGAGGUAGAGAAAGCGGCGGCUGAGAGAACGGGCCAGCCAAUCCCGGACGAGGAUGAGGAGACGGAGGGGGAGGAGGGGGUAUACACCCCUCUAAAGCCCCUGGAAAAGGGGUACAACAUGAAGGACCCCAGGCUGGACGAUCUCAAGUGGCGGACGCAGCCGACAGCCGAGGAGAUUAGGAGGUUCCUUGAGGUAAUGUCGGUGUGCCACACCGUAAUCGCAGACACGGGCGACGCGGCAGAUGCGGCGGGAGGUGCGGGGAAGGAGGGCGGCGCUGGAGGUGGCAGGGCAGGCGCGGGGGGUGGCGCGGGGGGUGGUGCGGGGGAGGGGUGGGAGGCGGGCGCAGCGGGGCACAUUGGCGACGGUGACAGCAGCAGCAGCGACGACGACGAAUACGAGGCGGCCAUGUGGCGCGAUGACGGCGGCAUGGUUAGCGUGGGCGGCAGCAUGCGCAGCGCGGGCGGCAGCAUGUCGAGCUACCACACGGCCGACGCGCGCAGCGCGCAAGACUCGUUCCACUCCUCGGGAUCAUCCCAAGGCGCCAGGCAGGGGGCAAUGAGGGCGGAGCAGGGGAGCGAUCACGGCAUGACCGGGGGAGGCGCGGGGGAAGUCUCGGGGGUAGGAUCGGUGGGCGCGGAUCUGGACGCGGUGCGGUACCUGGCGGAAUCCCCCGACGAGGCGGCGUUCGUGGUGGCGGGGAAGCGCAUGGGGAUGGUGUUCGCGGGGCGGCAGGGGCGCGAGGUGCGCGUGCAGGAGUUUAAGGAGGGGUGGGCGCUGCAGGACGAGCGGCGCUACACGCUGCUGCACACCAUCGAGUUCACCAGCCACAGGAAGCGCAUGAGCGUGAUCGUGCGCACGCCGGAGGGCAAUCUUGUCCUUUUGUGCAAGGGUGCGGACAAUAUCAUCAUGGACCGCCUGGGCGGCAGUGACGUGGCGCAGCGGCACCGGCCAAUCACAGAGCAGCACAUGCGCACGUACGCGGAAGCGGGGCUGCGCACGCUGGCAAUCGCGUGGAAGGAGAUUGGCGAGGAGGAAUAUGCCAGCUGGCAGGCGCGGUGGGAGGGCGCCAAGGCAAACAUGGCGGACGUGGCGGCGCAGGCAGCGGAGCUGGAGGCACUGGCGGACGAGAUGGAGAGGGGACUCACACUGCUGGGGGCCACCGCCAUCGAAGACAAGCUGCAGGUGGGGUUGCCUCAAGCCAUAGAGGCGAUGGCAGCAGCAGGCAUCCGGCUGUGGGUGCUGACAGGGGACAAGCUCGAGAUGGCCGUCAACAUCUGUGGUGCUUGCAUCUCAGCUCCUUCGGCCAUCGAAGCCAUGGCAGCGGCGGGCAUCCGCCUGUGGGCCAUCGAAGCCAUGGCAGCAGCGGGCAUCCGCCUGUGGGUGCUGACGGGAGACAAGCUCGAGACGGCCGUCAACAUCGGCUUUGCGUGCCGCCUGCUGCGCCCCGGCAUGCAGCAGCACGUGGCGUUUCUAGAGGAUAAUGACAAGCUUGCCGCUGACGCUGCUGCUGCUGGCACCGACCCUGCAGAGCAGCACGGGGUGUUCCUCGAGGAUAAUGACAAGCUUGCUGCUGCUGCUGCUGCUGCUGGCGCCGACCCUGCUGAGUUCGCAGCAAGCGCCAUCCGCGCGCAGAUCCUCUCCGCCAAGUCGGCCGCCACGGCGCCGGGCGCCUCGCACGCCGCGCCGCACGCGCUGAUCAUCGACGGCAAGGCGCUCACGCACGUGCUGGCGGACGCCGCCCUGCGCAGCGACUUCCUCCGCGCCGCGCUCGCGUGCGCGUCCGUGAUCUGCUGCCGCGUGUCGCCCAAGCAGAAGGCGCAAGUCACGGAGCUCGUAGGCUCGGAGGGCGGGAUGAUCACGCUCGGGAUCGGCGACGGCGCGAACGACGUGGGGAUGAUUCAGAAGGCGCAUAUCGGCGUGGGAAUUGCGGGGGAGGAGGGGCAGCAGGCGGUAAUGGCUGCUGAUUUUGCGAUCGGGCAGUUCCGGUUUGUAGAGCGGUUGCUGCUGGUGCACGGCUCGUGGAGCUACACCCGCAUUACAUACAUGAUAAAAUAUUUCUUAUACAAGUGUCACACAUUCGCCUUCACCAUCUUUUUCUUCAACGGGCUCGCGAUGUUUUCGGGCAGCCCGGUGUAUGUUGAUUGGCUGCUCGUGAUGUUCCAAGUGCUGUUUUCAGCGCUGCCCGUGGCGGCGGUGGGAGCGUUCGAUCAAGAUGUGAAGGCAGUCUACCACCUAAGAUACCCUGGCCUCUACGCCCAGAGCCAGCGCAACCGACUGUUCACGGUGGGUGCGAUCGGCAUGGCGAUGGGCAAGGGCAUGGUGCAGGCGACAAUUCUCUUCGCGCUCUCCUUCCUGCCGCUGCUGCUCUCCUCCUCCGGGGCCGACGGGCGCGUGCUGGACCUCACAGCGCAGGGCUCCAUUCUGUUCACUGCCCUCGUGCUGGCAGUCAACCUAGAUCUCGCCAUCACCAUCCAGUACUGGACGCUCAUGCACCACAUGGCAGUGUGGGGCUCCAUCGCCCUCUGGUUCAUCUUCCUCGCCAUCGUCAGCUACGUGCCCGCCACGCUCUCCGAGUCGUUCUACGGCAUGGCGCCCAUGCUUCUGCCGCGCCCCGCCUACUACCUCAUAGUGCUGCUGGCCACAGUGGCGACGCUGCUGCCUGGCUUUGCAGCGGCCAGCAUUACGCGGUAUCUGGCGCCCACUGACGUGGAGUUGGUGCAGGAGGUGCAGCAGCUGGACCACAAGAGGCGCCUCACUCGCCUCGCCACCAUGCGGAGCAGCAGGAGGAGAUAG